AUGACAACAGCUGCAAUACUGGGUGAAGAGGCUGAUGAAGAUGAUGCUUAUCAGGUUUUGUCAACUAUAAAGAGGAUCACAGCUUUCCACAACGCACAUGACUUGUCGGGGUGGGACCUGUUCACCAGCAACUUCAAGCUUCUCAACACAGGCAUAGAGAAUGGAGACAUGCCCGAGCAGAUAGUCAUCCACUCUCUGCAGUGUACCCACUAUGUGAUCCUGUGGAACCUGGCCAAGUCCUCUGAGGGCAACUCCAAAAAGGACGACAUGAUUACCCUGAGGAAGCAGAUGAGGGCGUUCUGUAUGAUGUGUCAGCGCUACCUCACCAAUGUCAACACAGCCGUCAAAGAACAGGCAUUCACCAUCCUGUGUGAUCUCCUUCUCAUCUUCAGCCACCAGAUGGUGUCCGGAGGCAGGGAACACCUGGAGCCUCUGGUCUAUUCCCCCGAGGACUCGCUGCAGGUGGAGCUGCUCUCCUUCAUCCUGAACCAUGUCUUCAUAGACCAGGACGAUGAAACAAACAGCACAGACGGGCAACAGGACGACGAGGCGCUAAAGAUUGAAGCUCUGCACAAGAGGAGAAACCUCCUCGCUGCCUACUGUAAACUCAUCAUCUUCUGCGUGGUAGACAUGAAGACGGGAGCGGACAUCUUUAAACAGUACAUGAGGUAUUACAAUGAUUAUGGAGACAUCAUCAAGGAGACUAUGAGUAAGACUCGGCAAAUCGACAAGAUUCAGUGUGCCAAGACGCUCAUCAUCAGUCUGCAGCAGCUGUUCCAUGAGAUGCUGUCUGAGCUGGGCCACGGGUUCGACCGCUCCUCCUCUUUAUUCUGCGGAAUCAAAGAGUUGGCUCGACGCUUUUCUCUAACCUUCGGUCUCGACCAAGUGAAAACCAGGGACGCUAUCGCUAUGCUUCACAAGGACGGUAUCGAGUUUGCGUUUAAAGAUCCAAGCACCCAGGGAGAGGGAGGCCCGCCUCUCAACUUGUCUUUCUUAGACAUCCUCAGCGAGUUCUCCUCCAAGCUCAUGAGACAAGACAAGAGGACUGUCCACAUGUACCUGGAGCGCUUCAUGACGUUCCAGAUGGCGCUGCAGCGGGAGGACUGCUGGCUGCCCCUCAUCUCCUACAGGAACUCCCUGCAGGCCGGCGGCGAUGACGACACCAUGUCGGUGAUGAGCGGCUACUCGAGCAGAGGGUCCUCGGUCCGCUCCAAGAAGAUUAAACCCCCGGCUGUUACAGCUGGAACCUCAGCAGCCAAGAGGAAGCUGCCAGAAGAGGAGACCAGCAGCAGCGAGCCCUGGCAGCAGAGCAUGCAGACCCCCAUCAUGUUGCCGUCCCCCCACCUCACUUCCACUGCCAUGCGAGACCCUAAGAGGGGGCGUGAUGACAGCUUCAUGGGAGUGUACCCCCUCCCCCAGGACCAGCCGCAGCCCCAUCAACUACCGCAGCACCAUCAACAGACGCCGCAGCACCAAACCCCCCUGGACUACAAUUCCCAGGUGACGUGGAUGCUGGCUCAGAGACAACAGGAAGAAGCACGCCAGCAGCAGGAAAGAGCCAUGAACUACGCCAAGCUCAGGACCAAUCUGCAGCACGCCAUUCGUCGCGGCACUGGGCUGAUGGAGGAAGACGAAGAGCCAAUCGUGGAGGAUGUGAUGAUGUCAUCAGAGGGCCGCAUGGAUGAUCUCAACGAAGGCAUGGACUUUGACACCAUGGACAUUGAUCUGCCGCCCUCGAAGAACCGCCGUGAAAGAUCCGAGCUCAAGCCGGACUACUUUGACCCUGCCUCUAUCAUGGAUGAAUCGGUCCUCGGGGUGUCCAUGUUUUAAGCUAAUCUCCAGAUGAUUUUGACGCUGGGAUAACAGAAGAGGCGCUUUGUAUUUAAAGAGAAUUUUAGAUGUGAAAACAAGUGUUUUCUGUAAGAAAAAUCCAAAA